CUCCUCAUCUGUGCUUAGUUUUCUCACAAACAUCAUCUCUGUUUGUCUCUCAGGAUUCUCUUGCGUUUGCUAUCUUUCUGUGUGGCUAAGCAUUUUAGGAGCAUAUCUGAGUUUAAUUGUGGUAGCCGUCUUUCUCUGAGUCUCUAAGCAUAAUGGCUGAACUCGUCCUUAACUUCGUCACCCCAAUCAUAGAGAAUGCAGUUUCUAAAGCAAUUUCACUUGCUGCUGCACAAAUCAGCAAGGCAUGGGGUCUGGAGAAGGAGCUGAGGGAGCUCACUCAAACACUAACUAUGAUCCAAGGAUUGCUUCAAGAUGCUGAAGGGAGGCAAGAAAGCAAUCCAGCCAUAUGGAAUUGGUUACAGCAGCUCAGAGAUGUAGCUUAUGAUGCAAUGGAUGUACUGGAUGAGUACGGUUAUGAGGUUCUUAAGCACAAAGUUCAGACUCAACGCCGAAAGAGGAAACAAGUGCGCACCUUCUUUGCUCUUUUCAAUCCCAUUGCCUUUCGUCUUAGCAUGGCUGAUAAUAUUAGGAAGAUUAAUAGGACUCUGGUUAAAAUCAACAACCAUGGGGUUUCAGAUUUGCUAAUCAAAUUUAGUGACCAAAGUCAUUCCACUGCUGGUGCAAGGCCAUAUCCUAGGACAGAUUCCAUCCUUGAUUGUUUAAAAUUUGUCGGAAGGGAUAAUGAUGUCUUAGAAAUUGUCAACAAGCUGGAGAACAUAAGGAGUCAACAUCUCCUCUCUGGCAUUUCAAUAGUAGGCUUGGGGGGCAUAGGCAAGACAACAUUAGCAAAAUCAAUAUGCAGUAUGGUAAAAGAACAAAAGUUGUAUGAUCUGGUGGCUUGGGUUUGUGUGUCCGAGGAAUUUGAUGAGAAAACAAUAUUGGGAGAUAUGUUAGAAUACCUUGAUGGCUUUGCUGGUCAAAUGAAUAAUAUAGACGCACUUAUUCAGAAGCCUGGGCAGAAGUUAGAAAAUAGAAAAUUUCUUUUAGUUCUUGAUGAUAUGUGGAAUGAUGAUAGAGACAAGUGGGAUAGUUUUAAAUCUUGUUUGUUAAAAAUUUUAAAAACCAGUGGAAACUCCAUUCUUGUGACUACUCGUAGUGAUACGGUAGCAUCCAUAAUGGAGGCACCUCCAAUGCAAAAACAUGAUAUGCUAAAGCUAUCAGAUCAUGAAUGUUGGUUGAUAAUUGAGGUUGUAGUUCUCAGAUCAUCAACAGAAACUUCAAUACCUUUGGAUUUAGUAGGUAUUGGACAAGAAAUUGCCAAAAAAUGUGGGGGGUUGCCAUUAGUUGCAAGUGUAAUUGGAGGAGCACUGAGUCAUGAAAUGAAGAUAGAUAAGUGGCAAGAGAUCCUAGAUGAUGAAGCAUGGAUUUUGCAAGAUGAAAAUAAGAAGAUUUUAUCUAUAUUGAAAAUUAGUUUCGAUUGUUUUCCUUCAUCCUUAAAAACGUGCUUCUCUUAUUGUUCAAUUUUUCCAAAGGAUGCUGUCAUUUUCAAAGAUGAUUUAAUUCAACUUUGGAUGGCUCAAGGGUUUCUUCACAAUUCUAAUGGAAGCCUUGUGGAAAUGGAGGAUAUUGGUAAUGAGUAUUUCAAUCAGUUGUUAUCUAAUUCUUUACUUCAAGAUAUUAAAUGGGAUCUUUAUGGGAAUAUUGAAUCUUGCAAAAUGCAUGAUGUAUUGCAUGAUCUUGCAUUGCUUGUGUCAAAAGAUGUUGAUGUUUUUUGUAGCAUGGCAUCAGAUCUCAAAAGCUUGCAAUCCAUGAAAUUAAUGGCAGUUCAGAAUAAGAAGUUGUCAACUUUUCUCGGCAAAUUGAAACAUUUGAAAUACCUUGAUAUCUCAAGAGCUUAUGUAACAGUAGCACCAAAAACCUUCUCUAAGCUCUAUAAUUUGCAAACUUCAAAAUUUCUCGAUUGUGGUCCCAAUGGCAUAGCAAAUCUCAUCAGCUGGAGGCAUAUCUAUUCUAUUCAUCCACAUGAUAUAUCUAUCAUGCAGUUAACCUCCCUUCGAACAUUAUCACACUUUGUUGUCGGCACAAAAAAGGGAUGCCAGAUUGAAAACCUUGGAUGCUUAAGCCAACUUGGAGGAAAACUAGGGAUUUUGAAGCUUGAACAUGUAAGAUCCAAAUUAGAAGCCUCUAAAGCAAACCUGAAAGAAAAGACAAAAUUGCAUCAAUUGACAUUACAUUGGAGUAGUGGCAAUGAAAGAGCAGUCAACAACAACAAUGAUGAAGAGGUUCUAAAAGGCCUUCAACCUCAUUCAACUUUGAAAAGCCUCAGUAUUAAUGGUUAUAAAGGAAAGAUGUUCCCAUCUUGGAUGGGGAAUGAUAUCAAUAGUUCUGGUCCUUCAUUCCUUCUUUACAACAUGGUGGAGUUGCAGUUAAUUAAUUGUGAUAAGUGCACAUGUAUUCCAAGUUUGGGACUAUUGCCUAGUCUUAAGGUUCUUUGCAUUGAAAGAAUGGAAAAUGUUAGAAGAAUGGGUCACAAGCUUCAGCUCGGUGGAGUAGAAUCAAUCAGAUUGUUCCCAGCUUUGAAAACACUCGUCGUAUGUGACAUGGAAAGGCUAGAGGAAUGGGUUGAAGUUGUAGAGGAUGCAGCUAUAGGGAGCCAAGGUGUGAUCGUGUUUCCUUGCCUUGAGAAGUUGCUGAUUUUUGAAUGUCCAUUGUUGAAGACUUGGUCGAUGGGUGGAUUUUCAUCUCAUCACAAACUCUCCGAGCUGCUAAUAGAACACUGUUUAAGUCUGACGACUAUCCCUAGUUUAGAUGGGCUCUCAGCUCUUGAGAAAUUAGAGUUAUUCUCCUAUGAUGGAUUAACAAGUCUACCAAUCGGGCUUGGAUCCUGCAUCUCUCUUCAGUUGUUGGAAAUUAACGGAUGCCAAAAUCUGAACUCCAUUCCAAGUAUAAAUGGGCUCACAUCUCUUGAAAGACUCAACCUUAUUUGUUGCCAUGGAUUAACGUGUCUUCCAAUUGGGCUAGACUCUUGCAUUUCUCUUCAGUUGUUGAAAAUUUUCCAAUGCCAAAAUCUGAACUCCAUUCUAAGUAUGAAUGGGCUCACAUAUCUUGAAAGACUCUACCUUACUCGUUGUGAUGGAUUAACGUGUCUUCCAAUUGGGUUAGACUCUUGCAUUUCUCUUCAGCAGUUGGCAAUUAGAAGUUGCCCUAAUUUGAUUUCCAUUCCAGAAGACAUCAGGAAAUUGCAUUCUCUCGAUGUUCUUAGAAUCAUAGAAUGCGAAAAUCUAAGGAGCAUUUCAGGGGAGUGGCUAGCUAGCCUCACUUGCUUGAAGGGGUUACACCUUGGUCAUUUCUGGUCGGAGUUGGAGGAUUUUCCUAGACUAACUUCCAUUCAUAAACUCCACACCUCCCUUGAAAAAUUGGAAUUGUAUGAAUGGGAUACACUAGAGUCUCUGCCACAUCAGCUUCAACAUCUCACUGCCCUCAAGGAAUUGACGUUAUUGAAGUUCAAUGGCCUGGAAGCUUUGCCAGAGCGGUUGGGAGACCUCUCUUCUCUUCACAGGUUGGUAAUUUGGAGUUGUCCUAAUUUGACUCAUCUGCCUUCUAUUGAAGCCAUGCGACGCCUCUCCAACUUACAAUAUCUUGGCAUUCGACAUUGUCCCAAAUUGAAGAAAAGUUGAGCCAAAAAGAGGAGCCCUGAAUGGUCCAAGAUCUCCCACAUUCCCAAUAUUAGAAUCCAUUACAAGAACGUGCAGGGCGAAUGCAAAUUUUCCAUGGGGAGUGAUUCUAAAUAUUUAUGAAUCUGCUCAGGCCUCAGAGUUCAUCCAAAGCUAGUGAGUUCCUAAAUUCCUUUCCAUAAUCCUUCUAUUCAUUUUUAUUUUCAUUCCAAUUUCAAAAGCUUUCAUUUUUGAGGUUUGCGUUUUUCCUCCAUAAUCCAUUUUUUUUUUUAGAUUUUGAGUAUGAUUUUUUUUUUGGUUCUUUUGUGUUGAUAGAGUAUUAUAUAUUAGUGA